ACGUAACAGCGCAACAGGUAGAAUCCGGAAAUACAAGUAUCCAAGAUGGCGUUCUUACCGGUUCUUACUUGAAAAUAAACAAUUGCAUUCGCCUAUUGGUUUAAACGUUUUUAUGGAUAAAUAAUGUAUCUGGAAAUGUUUGGGUGCUGUUGAUGAAUAGAUAGUUGCAUACAUAAGCCAUAAUGGCAGGAUUUCAAUAUACCAAAGUCGGCGGCGAUUCCUAUACGGACAACCUAAUUGGAACCUUGCUGGCCAUUUUGGGGAAUUUGCUUGUCAGCGUAGCUGUAUGCAUUCAGAAAUACAGCCAUGUGACAUUAGCAGGGACCAAAGACCCCCGUGUUUUCUACCGUACCAAAACCUGGUGGUGUGGCCUGGUGCUCACCGCUCUAGGAGAAGCAGCCAACUUUGUCUCAUAUGCCUUUGCACCCUUAUCUUUAAUUUCGCCGUUGAAUGCGGUAUCUGUCAUAGCAAGUUCCAUUUUAGGUUUUGUUUUCCUUAGAGAAAAAUGGAAGCCAAAGGAAUUUUUUAAGCGGUACGUGCUGUCUUUCCUUGGAUGCAUCUUGACGAUAGCGGGGACCUACCUCUUCGUCACGUUUGGUCCAAAUUAUCAUCAGAAGCUCAACGCAAAGAACAUAGUGACCCAGGUGGUGGGUUGGCCGUUCCUUGUUUACGUGCUUCUGGAGAUCAUCACGUUCUGUCUGCUGCUCUACUGCUACAAGCAGCGCAACGCUGAUUACCUCGUUGUGAUUCUGCUGCUGGUGGCGCUGCUGGGUUCUGUCACGGUGAUCACGGUCAAGGCGGUGGCAGGCAUGCUUGUCCUCAGCAUCCAGGGAACCAUGCAGCUCCACUACCCCAUCUUCUACGUCAUGUUUGUCUGCAUGGUCGCCACGGUUGUCUUCCAGGCUACAUUUCUCUCGCAGGCUACUCAUCUGUAUGACUCCUCCAUGAUAGCGUGUGUCAACUACAUCUUCUCCACAUCCUUUGCCAUUGUUGCAGGAGCCAUAUUUUACCUGGAGUUUUUUCACAUGGACAUUCUUCACAUCUGCAUGUAUUUGUUGGGAUGUGUCUUAUGCUUCCUGGGAGUCUUUCUGAUCACCAAGAACAGGAAGAAGCUGAAGGCCUUCGAACCCUAUGUGACAAUGGACAUGUCACAAGGUACUGAAGGGAUCCCGACCAUUCACGACAAGGAGUGGCGAGCAGUGCAGCCGGACUACAAUGGCUCCUUCUCCUACGGCGCCCUGGUCAAUAAUGACAGCGUGGUGCCCGUCUCUCUGCCGACACCAGACCAGCUGGCUGGUACAGUGAGUCCUGCCGACACCUUGUACGGGACGGCAGACCUGAAGAACGACUGAGGCGUCUUUCCAAAAACCUAGGCCACAUCUCAGCUGGGGUUGCAAAAAAAAACAGAAAACCGGUAUCUUUCCAAGAUUCCCUUUUCUGGAAAAACUGUUUGGACGAUGAAUCCAUAAUCCUCCAAACGGGAUUUCUGUAAAAAAGGAAAUUUAAUUUAGGAAAGUUACCGGAUUUGUGUAACCCUAGUCCUGCGCCCUUCUCGUGAAUUCUGCCUUGGCAAAAGCCGGGAGGGAGGUGGAACGGGGAUGACGGGGGAUGAUGUCAUCGUCACUCCAUGAUAUGUCUGGGUCACUGUGGCUUCACCCCCCCAGCCAUCCUGGUCUCGGGUGAGGAACCGUCCUGGGGGGUUCAGAAUGCUGGUCUAUGUCUCCCUGUGAGUCGGACACCCAACACAGUGUCCCCCGAAAUAUACUGCUGGGGGGCAGAUGAAUGGACCGUGAACAAAUGCAGACCAGCUCGCUCCGGUCACGUGGACACGCCUCUUGUGUCAUGCCUUUGGAUGUGAAUGUGCCUUCAACGAAAGCAUACUGCCUGUCUCUCUACACUGUUGUAUUGGUCCCAGACUGACUUAUGUUCAUAUUACUCAUUGGUGACUUGUUCUGCGUUAAUGUAUUCCUAAAGGAUUUUGUUUUAACAGACUUGCCAAUGAACAUUGUCUGACGCUUUCAUUGUGUGGGAUUUGAAAUAGAGCAGUUGAAGUCAAUCCACAAUUCUGUCUCUAAUGAGCAAGACGGUGUAUGACUGAUUAGUCUGUUGUUACCAAAGGGUUCUGAACAGUCAUUGUUUUAAUGUUAUUUUAAGUCAAAAGUAUUUUUUGGUAUGAAUCUUAAAGUUUGAGUUUUCAAGUUGUGGUUGCAGAUUUGGUCUUAGAGGCACAGCAAUUGAAUGAGUGAAUUUCUUGCACAGCCAAUGUAGAACUGUAUAUUCUAAAACAUAAUGAGAGAGCGUGGAACUGUAAGAUCAUAUCUGCAGCCUUGUCUUAAUUUACUUAUUGACAGCCUUGUUUUCUGUUAAAAGUUCUCUACCUCUGUAUUACUCCAAAUAAUCCUGUUCAAUACAAUAAACAAACUGCAGACACCAUUUAAACUAAUGAGGGUUCAGAAAUGUAAAUGCCAAAUAUCUCUGUAAUCUUUAUUUAAUUUUUCCAGCCGGAACCUUCUAGUCAGUUGAAAGGCCUUAUUCAAGCUGUGUUGGCGGUCAUGUUGAGAAUUAAUUGAUUGUAUAUCCACAAAGCGUCUCAGAGUGGAAGUUCUGAUCCAGUAUCAGCGUUGUCUUUCAGUUCAUGGUGACGAUGAAUACUAAUCCAUGGACAAGACCUGAUCCCAGAUUUACGACACACUCCAAGAUGCUUUUUGAAUAUGAGUCCUGUUCUGUUCAGCAUGCAGUUUAUUAGUUUGGUGGAUAUUUCCAUUCAUGUAACAUCACCGUUUAUCUGAAUUUAUGUGGACUACAGGAAUUUUUUAUGUUUUGGCCUGUGUGACUGUUAUAAUCACUGUACAAGCAAACUGAAUAUUAAAUAUUUCCAUGAGUGAU